AGGAAGUAUAAUCUCCUUUUGUUGUUAAUCCUAUUUUAGCUGUCAUUGAAACUUUUUCUAUAACAAAGCUCAAUUCUACAGCAGUGAGGGCUGAGUGGAGUUUUGUUUCUGGAGCUAGUCAUUAUACUGUCUAUUAUGAGUCAACCAGUAGCUCCUCAAGAAAGAAGAGACAAGUAGAGACAGGAAUGAGAGUAUUCCCAGGUGGUACUACUGAAGGUCUAAUAGGAGGAUUAGAUCCUAAUCUGAACUACUUGUUCUCUAUAUCUAUAUCAUAUAAUGUUAAUGGAAUUAUUUAUGAAGGAGAGAGGACUCAACCAAUACCACCAGUUACUUAUUCUACUGAAACAACUAUCAUGACUACUCCAUUGACUACUGUAUCAACUACUGUAUUAGUGAAUAAUGGAGGGAAUAUUGGAGUAAUAGUUGGUCCAAUUGUAGCUCUUACUGUAUUAUUAGUAUUGGCUAUAAUUAUAAUUAUUAUACUGGUACUGGUUAUGCACAUAAAAAGAACUAAUAUUAAUCAAAAAAGAAAAUCAGAUAAUGACAUUGUAAUGGAGUGCAGUCCAGCUUAUGCUACAGCUGAAUUUAAAACAAAUACUGCUGAUGAUAUACUAAUGAAGGAUAGUCCAGCAUACAGUACAGUGCAACAAACACAAUUAACUGUUGAGCCAGUGUAUGAUACAACUAAUAAUGAAUAUGAGACUCCUCUUCCACCACCUGCUGAAUAUGAAAUACCAACUGUAUAA